UAGCAUCGUGUCCUUAGUGACUCCGCCUUCGCCCUCUGGAUCGCACCCCGGCUGUCUCGCUGCUCCCUAGUCCGGCCGGGCGUCGCGAGUCCCGCCACCUUCCCCCACGCCCCACACCCGGUCGCCCUCAAACCUUUGGAGCCGCGCUGCGCACCGCAGCCAUGCUCGCCCCGCGCCCCCCAGCAGCUUCCCCGGCACCUCGGGGUCCGGCUCCCCGGGCCAGUGUCGCCCCGCCCUGCAGCCCACAGCCUCCCCCUCCAGCCCCCGUCGCAGAAGCUGUCAAGCCCGCGGCAGCUGAACCAGCCCCCGAGCUCCCGCGUCUCCUCUCCUUCCUUUGUGUGCGCGCGAGCGGAGUUGGGGAGGAGGGAGAAGGGGGAGGUCGCUCUGUCUGUCUGUCUCCCGCCGCCUUUGCCCGGGCAGCUUGAAGUGCCGCCGGGGAGGCGGGAGCCGGGGGGAGGGUGCGGGGAGCCGGCGGGGCGUCUCGGGGCCGCCCGGGCGCCCUGGUCCCAGCCGCGCGCUGGGGAGCGCUCACCACAGCUGGGGCUCAGCUGGAGGCACGAUUCGUCUGCUCCGGCCGCCCCUCGGCCUCCCUCCGCUCCCACCUACCCUCGACACUCGCAGAAAAGCGUGCGAAGGCGCCGAGAGUGACGGAAACCACAAAUAAAUAGCGGCGGCAGCAGCGCGUCAUCUGGCGGAGCAGGAAGUGCAGGCAGAGUCCGGAGGCUGGUGCUUUCUGCGCGUCCCCAGGACUUUGCCAUGGGCUGGGGGCCGCGGAGGCUGCGAGCUGCCGGGCCAGGACAGCGGCGGCGGCGUCCGCACCGCGGCUGAGGGAGCAGCGUCGCGCAGGGCGCGCGGAGAUGGCAGCGUCCAGCAACUCCAGCCUGUCCGGCUCCUCGGUGUCCUCCGAUGCUGAAGAAUACCAGCCUCCGAUAUGGAAAUCCUACUUAUAUCAGUUACAGCAAGAGGCCCCUCGCCCCAAGAGGAUCAUUUGCCCUGCGGAGGUGGGAAACAGACCAAAAUAUUAUGGAAGAGAGUUUCAUGGGAUCAUCUCCCGAGAGCAGGCAGAUGAGCUUCUUGGAGGCGUGGAGGGCGCCUACAUUCUUAGAGAAAGCCAGCGCCAGCCAGGGUGCUACACGUUAGCACUAAGGUUUGGAAACCAGACCUUAAACUACAGGCUCUUCUAUGAUGGAAAACACUUUGUGGGUGAGAAGAGGUUUGAAUCGAUUCACGAUCUGGUCACAGAUGGCUUGAUAACGCUGUACAUAGAAACAAAAGCUUCUGAAUACAUUUCCAAAAUGACAACAAAUCCCAUCUAUGAACACAUUGGAUAUGCCACUUUACUCAGAGAAAAAGUAUCCAGGAGGCUAAGCAGGUCUAAAAACGAAUCAAGAAAAGCCAGCGUCACAAAUGAAGAACACACAGCGGUUGAAAAGAUCUCCUCCCUGGUCCGAAGGGCCGCCCUCUCACACAACGACAACCACUUCAACUAUGAGAAGACACACAACUUUAAGGUCCACACGUUCCGAGGCCCGCACUGGUGUGAAUACUGUGCCAACUUCAUGUGGGGGCUUAUUGCCCAAGGAGUCCGAUGCUCAGACUGUGGAUUGAACGUACACAAACAGUGUUCCAAGCAUGUUCCCAAUGACUGCCAACCUGAUCUCAAGAGGGUCAAGAAGGUGUACUGCUGUGACCUGACAACACUCGUGAAGGCUCACAACACGCAGAGACCCAUGGUGGUUGACAUGUGCAUUCGGGAAAUUGAAGCAAGAGGAUUAAAGUCAGAAGGGCUUUAUAGAGUGUCCGGGUUUACUGAACACAUCGAAGAUGUCAAAAUGGCAUUUGACAGAGAUGGUGAAAAGGCCGAUAUAUCUGCCAACAUCUAUCCAGACAUAAACAUCAUCACUGGAGCCCUUAAACUGUAUUUCAGAGACUUACCCAUUCCUGUCAUCACCUAUGAUACCUAUUCCAAAUUUAUAGAAGCAGCAAAAAUCUCCAGUGCGGAUGAGAGGCUGGAAGCGGUCCACGAAGUGCUGAUGCUGCUUCCUCCUGCCCACUAUGAGACCCUCCGGUACCUGAUGAUCCACCUAAAGAAGUAAGUUCACACCUCCUCGGCGCUGCUUCUGCAGUCCCUCCCUGCCCUGGGCAGUUAACGCAUCAGGAAAAGUUCACAGCCUCCCCAACCUGCUGAACAGACAGACCGCCCUUCAGAGUGAGUUAGGCCGCCUUCUCCAGUCCAGCCCCAUUCAUAACUGCCAGCCACUCACUCUGUGGCAGGGGCUGCUCCGUGCACUUUAGAUGUGUUAUCUCUAUGACGGGGGUACUGUUAGAUGAUAUUGCUGAAACUUGGGGAGGUUCAAUAAGUGAUGCAAAGAGAUGCAGUAAAGCCAGGACUGAAACCCGGUCUGAGCCGUGGCCCUUACUGUGUCUUAACCAUUUGCCUGCACUGCCUCCGCCUCUGCAUCUUCCUCCCACACCAGCCUUGUGCUCUGUGUUCUGUUGGUCCUCCUGCUUACGAGAGUCCCAGAUUCCUGAGGCUGCCUUCCUUCUGGACAAGCACAUUCCCACUCUGAUCUCUUGUUUUACUUGACAUGUUAAUUAUCUAUCACUGAGGGACAAAUUGCCCCCAAACUUAGUGGCUUAAAACAAUAGCCAUUUGUUAUCGCGCAGUCUCUGUGAUCAGGAAUCCAGGUGGCUUCGCUGGGUGCCUCUGGUUCAAGGUUUCUGAUGAGGUUGCAGUCAAACUGACAGCCAGGCUACAACCUCCUCUGAGGCUUGAGUCGGGGAGCAUCCACUUCCAAGGUCAGUCACAUGGUGUUUGGCAGGAUUCAGUUCUUCAGUGGCUAUUAGACUGCAGGCCUCUCUUGCUGACUGUUCUCUGGAGGCCACCCUCAGUUCCCUGUCCUACGGGUCUCCCCAUAGGCAGCUCACCCAAAUGGCAGCUGGCCGCCCUUACAGCAAGCAAGCGCGAGCACCCAAGAUGAGAGAUAGUCUUUCUGUAACCUAAUCUCAGAAUUGAUAUCCAGUUGCUUUUGCUAUACCCUAUGUGCUAGAAGCAAGUCACUAGGUCUAGCCCGUGCUCUAGGGGAAGGGGUUACAAGGGUAUGAAUUCCAGGAGGCAGGGAUCACUGGGAACCAUCUCAGAGGGUGCCUGCCACAGAGGGCUGCACACCGGGUUAUCUGUGUGAGAGCACGCGAGACAGAUGGAGAUGGGUGUUCACAGGAUACUAAGUCUCUGGUUCCAGACUCUUUUACCUAAACCAUCAAUCUCUUUCCUUCACUGUACUUGUAUAGUGAAGUCAAUCAGUUGGUCUUUGAGAUGUUGGAAGGAUCGGGGUGCUUCUGUGUGCCUUCCUCUGUGUUUCUGGAAGUUACAUGGCAACAGCCCAUUCUUAGAUUUUAAAAGAAAAUCGCCUAUACCAACUUACAGAUCCAUUAAGUAAGUGAAAGGAAGCAAGUGGAGAACACUGUAGAAA